AUGGCUCCCAAGAUCGAGGCGCAGGAAAUCGAAACCUACUGGAACAUCUUUUCCACGCGGACAGGAGGCGGCAAGUUUCUUACAGGCGAGCAAGCUGCCCCUGUUCUAAAGAACAGUGGACUUCGAGAUGACCAGCUGGAGCGAGUAUGGGAUCUCGCGGAUGUGGACAACGAUGGAAACCUCGACUUCGAGGAGUUUUGCGUCGCUAUGCGCAUCAUCUUUGAUAUCCUGAACGGGGAAUACGCGGAUGUGCCGACCACGCUGCCCGACUGGCUGGUCCCAGAGUCCAAGGCUCAUCUGGUUCAAGCUACCCAGGCGAUCACGGGAAAGUCGGUGCAGUUCGAGCAAGUCGAGGAUGAAUCGGAAGACCUUGGGCUUAAAGAUGGAUUCGAGUGGUAUAUGAAGCCUGCUGACAAGGCCAAAUACGAGUCGAUCUACCAAGAGAACCGAGAUAUGCGCGGCGAGGUUGACUUCCAUGCACUCAGCGAUCUUUACGAGUCCCUCGACGUUCCCGAUACCGAUAUUCGAUCCGCCUGGAACCUGAUCAACCCUUCGGCGCAAUCGACCAUCAAUAAGGACGCUUGCCUCGCUUUCCUACAUAUCCUUAAUAACCGACACGAGGGUUUCCGAAUCCCGCGCACCGUUCCUGCUUCCCUGCGAUCCAGCUUUGAGCGCAACCAGAUCGAUUACCAAGUCGAUAACCAGCGAACCGGCGCCAACUCGCGAUGGGCCACAAAGGCCGAUGAGAACACCAGUACCGGCCGCAAGGCGAAGUUCGGCGAUCAAUACUUAACGCGCCUGGGCCGAAGUGGCUUCAAGAGCACUGGCACAGACUUUUCGACGGAAAAGACGGAGGACUGGGAAGAGGUUCGUUUGAAGCGCAAGCUCCAGGACCUCGAGGAUAAGAUGAAGAAGGUAGAAGAGAUCGCGGAGCGCCGAAAAGGCGGCAAACGCGACUCCAAGCCUGCGCUGGUUAAGAAGGAGCUCGACCAGCUGCUCGAAUAUAAGCGCAGAGAACUUAGGGAGUUAGAAGAGGGAACUGGCAAGAGCGCCGCUGGAGGGAGCCUCAAGAGCAUACAGGAGGAUCUCCAGACCGUCCGCGAGCAGGUCGAGGGUCUAGAGACUCAUUUGAGAACACGCGAACAAGUUCUUGAACAGAUCCGGAGGGAGAUUGAAGACGAGAAGACAGGAUAG